AUGGAUCAGACGGAUGAUCACGGAGCGUUGCUCGCUGGGCGCUCAGCAAGCUCAGCGUCGACGGGCCUUCCUGCCGCCUACCCUCUACCGCAACAGGGAAGCCAGUUCAUCACGUCACCAGCCAAUAGCGACAAGACCGAAGCUUUCGUCGACCGUCUACGCAGUGAAGCCGCUUACGGAGUCAAGCACUUUGCCGAUCUCCCACACUAUGCUGGCUCCACAAAGACCGCAAUAGCCCUGACUCUGUUGGCCUACACUGCAGGCAAGCGCGAUGGUCUGAAGCCCAGAGCCGAUCGGAUGAGCGCGAUCAGCAACGAACUGAACCGGACGAGGUACGAGCUUGCGAGGAGAGAACUGGAACAGGAAGAUACCAUCAAGAAGCUUGAGGUCGAUCUACGCUGGGCAAAGUUCCAGCUUGCGAAGAAGGAUGACAAAGACAAAGAGAUCCAAGCAUUAAAUUUGGAGCUUAAGAAUGUGGAGAAGAAAAAGGAAAAUGAGGUACCAUCGGCCAAUGGCUUCAAUGGUGCUACCAAGAUGGAUGAUCUCUCAAAUGCCAAUGCCACGAUCGAGGAGGCCCAGAGGAAGAUCCAUGCUCUGGAGGAAGCUUUCAAUGUGAUGGAGCAGGGUCUUGUUGCAGAAAACAAGGUUCUUCGCUCCAAACUUGAAGAUCUGCAAGAGCGCCCGACCACAAAGGCCGAAACGAACCACGAGAAAUCCCAGAGACUGUACGAGCAGGAGGCCCAAAGGGAGAUUGAAAGGCUUAAGAGUGAAAACAAAGAAGAGAUGAAGCUCAUUAAGGAGAAGAUCCAGACCCUCAUCGACGAGAACAUUGCACUGAGCGAGGAAAACGACGACCUCAGCGCCAAGAAUGUGGUCUUAAGUGCCGAAAACGGAAAGCUCAGUCAAAUUUCGAACCACACUGUUCAAGAAACCUGCUUUAAAGAUGAGAAAAGUCAAAUGGAGAACCGCAUCGAGACCCUCAAGAAGGAAAAAGGACUUCAACACCAGCUGCUUAAGAAGCAGCACGCCUCAAUUGGCCAGAUGGAGUCAAAGAUCGCAGGUUUCGAGAAAAGGGUCAAACAGAACGAGGAUCGAAUGAAGAACGAGAUCCACGACCUGCAGAAAAAGCUUGCUACAGUUGAACCGCUCACGCGAUUCAUCGCAGAACGCGAUUUCUCCGAUGAGAAGCGCCUGGCACUUAGCUGGGAUGAGAUGACUUACGCUAUGCGGGCGGCUGCCGCCGGCGUUUGUCCUCAGUCCAAACGCAUUCUUCCAGGUGGCUUCGCCUACAUCGUCGAAGAGACUUUGAAGCAAGGAUCUACAGACCUUGUAAGAUACUCCAAGUGCAGCGCGGGGCGCUUCGUUCUUCAAUACGACUUCUUCGAGGCCGUGGGUGCCAUUGUUGAGAACAUUCUCUGGGAAGCUCAGAAGUUCCCCAGCGUCCGCAAUCAGCUUAAUAUUGAUUCUCUGAACAUCCAGAGAGCCUUGCUAAAAAGGAACGUGUAG